AUGCAUUUAUCACUGUUCAAAUUAUCUUGUAUCCUCUUCACACAGCUAUUCAUCACUGACAGUGAACGUAAUGGGAAAUUAUUCCUCGAUAGAUAUGAUGUUCUGAAACGUAUAAAACGGCGAACAAACAAUAUUACAAGAAAUGAUGCGAUAACAACAAAUACACUUCUCGAACAACUUGAAAUGAUGGCAACAACUGGUGCUGAUAAGACUAGAAAGCAAAAAAUCAUGAAUCAGGAUGAUAUUCUAAGUCCAGAAUUUCAAACUCCAGAAUUUACCUGUAAUAGAAAUCAUUCAGAAGCAGCAGAAAUUUAUUGUCACGGAGAUAUACUACAUGUGGUAAUGAUGCUAGGUCUCUACAAGGAUUCCAAAACAUUUAUUGAUAAACCACUGAAAAAGGAUCCAGAUGAGGUGAUCGCCGAUUUUCAAAGACGCUUCUCAAAAGCAAUCACAGAAGAGGAUCGUGAAGAGGUGGAACAAUUCAUUGAGGAUAAUUUUGGUGUCGAAGGAGAAGAGCUUGAGGAGUGCGAAUUGUCAGAUUGGAAAGAAGAACCUGAACAACUGCUUACUAUCGAAAAUAAUGCUUUACGACAGUUUGCACUUCAAAUUAAUUAUAUAUGGAAAAGUCUAUGUAGAACUGUCAAAGAAGAAGUUAAAGAAAAACCACAACGGCAUUCGCUAAUUUACGUACCGAAUGAAUUCAUCGUACCGGGUGGACGCUUCCGUGAAUACUACUAUUGGGAUAGUUAUUGGAUCAUCAAAGGACUUCUGGCAUCAGAUAAGCCGAUAACUUUCAAUUAUUAG